AUGGACAGUAAACAAAUAAGUAAAGUGAGUGGGAAAAAAUGCGAAAUAAAGUUUAACAAAAAGGAGAAAAAACCAUACAAUGUCAGCAAUAAUAGUAAACAGAUAAGCAAGCUGAAUGGAGAAGCAUGCAAAACAAACACAUAUGGACAACGUGAACGGAACAAUAAGUUAAUAACAAGAAAUAUGAAAUGUAGCAAAAUACAAAAAUACAAUGAAAAUACAAAUAGCAUAACAUACACAAUGCAAUACAAAAAUACAAAACAUAAUGAAACACAAAAAUACAACAAAUAUAAUAUCUAA